GGUCGUAGCCGGGGCCGUGGUCGUAGCCGGGGCCGUGGUCGUGGUCGUAGCAGUGGCCGUGGUUGUGGCCCUAAUGGUCAAGGUAGAGGUAGUGGCGAAGGUGGUCAGAGCUUAGAGCAAAAUUAUUCUAAUUCAAGAGGGCAGAGUAUGUUUAAUAGACUUAAUGAAGCUGUUCAAGAUAAUGAAUCAGAAACUAUUAGUAUACAGAACGAAGAACCAAUUAUAGAUGCCGUUCCAAUUUCUUACGUACUUCCAGUUGAUGAUCGUGGGCAUAACAAUAAUAGUCAAAAUAGAGAUAUUAGCAGAGGUGGACAGAUCUUAAGACAGCAUGAUUCUGAUUCAAGAGAAGAGCAUCGUUCUGAACCAUGCUACGACAACCAACAGAGUGAAGGAAUCCAAGACCAUCCAAGAUCGAAUGACGGCAUAAAUAUAUCAUCUAUGCUUCCGAAUUUGAUGAUAUGUUCAACAGUCAGGGAAAAUGGUCAAACACAUUCUAUAUCUACUCAGCUACAAAUGGGUGCAAAUACAUCAUGUAUGCUUUUGAGUUCAAUGAUUGGUUCAAUAGGGGCUAAAAAUGGUCAUACUCACUGGACAUCUACUCAAGUAAUAAUGGGAGCAAACACCUCAUGUAUGUUUCCAAGUUCGAUGAUUUGUUCAACAGAUGCUAAAGAUGGUCAUGCUCACACGAUAACUAUUGAGGGCGCAAACACCUCAUGUAUGUUUCCAAGUUCGAUGAUUUGUUCAACAGGCGUUAAAGAUGGUCAUGCUCACACAACAUCUAUUGGGAGCGCAAAUGCAUCAUGUAUGCUUCCGAGUUUGAUGAUUUGUACGAGAGGCGCUGAAGAUGGUCAUGCUCACUCGACACCUACUGAGGACGCAAACAUAUCAUCUAUGCUUCCGAGUUUGAUGAUUUGUUCAACAAGCGCUAAAGAUGGACAUGCUCACUCGAUAUCUAUUGAGGGUGCAAACACAUCAGGUAUGCUUUCGAGUUCGAUGAUUUGUACAACAGGUGAUGAAGAUGGUCAUGCUCAUUCGACACCUACUGAAGUAAAAAUGGGCGCAAACACAUCAGGUAUGCUUUCGAGUUCGAUGAUUUGUACAACAGGUGAUGAAGAUGGUCAUGCUCACUCGACACCUACUGAGGACGCAAACAUAUCAUCUAUGCUUCCGAGUUUGAUGAUUUGUUCAACGAGCGCUGAAGAUGGGCAUGCUCACUCGACAUCUAUUGAGGGUGCAAACACAUCAUGUAUGCUUCCGAGUUCGAUAAUUUUUACAACAAGCAAUGAAGAUGGCCAUGCUCACUCGACAUCUAUUGAGGGCGUAAACACAUCAUGUAUGCUUCCGAGUUUGAUGAUUUUUACAACAAGCAAUGAAGAUAGUCAUGCGACAUCUAUUGAGGGCGCAAACAUAUCGUGUAUGCUUCCAAAUUCAAUGAGUUGUUCAACAUAUGCUGAAGAUGGUCAUGCUCACUCGACAACUAAUGAGGGCACAAACACAUCAUGUAUGCUUUCGAGUUCGAUGAUUUAUACAAGCGAUGAAGAUGGUCAUGCUCACUCGUCAUCUAUUGAGGGCGCAAACAUAUCAUUUAUGCUUCCGAAUUCAAUGAGUUGUUCAACAGAUACUGAAGAUAGUCAUGCUCACUCGACAACUACUGAGGCAAUUCCGCCCCUCCAAAUUCAACCAUCUUCGAGAAAGGAUAUGGAUGAUGAUGACGUAGUCGAAGUUGUUAGUGUAGAUAUUAAAACUAAUGACACUGAUGAAACUGUUGCUCCCAAUACCGAAGAUGAAAUUUUUGGAGGCUUGGAAGAUCUCAAAAUUGAUCAUGGGAUACCGACUUCAUCAAUCUUUGAUAAUGAUUUCAUGAAACAAAUGGUAAACAAUAACGACUUGUUUGACAGUGGACAUGUUUCUACAGAGUUACAAAAUACUGGAUCAGAUAUGCAUAUGGGGAAUGACCUCAAUAAUUAUAUGAAUCAAGUAGAUGAUGAAAUGGAGAUUGAAAUGAUCGAAACUAACGUCGAUCUUUCAGAUUAUUUCCUAUGAUUCAGAGAGCAAAAUUUGAGUGUGAAUUAUGUAUCUGCAAUCGAAUACUU